ACAGGACACACGCAGUUGGUGGGGCUGCACUCGGCAUUGCUCACGGGAAAACAAGAGACAUUGGACUCAAAUAGCUCUUCGAAAGAGACAGUCGCGAAUUAUAUGUGGACCAAUCUAACUGUUUCUCUGUGUGUGGAGUUUAUUAAAUAACCCCAAUUUGAGGGUAAUUUCAACGUAAUAUAAACGGAGACCUUAGAAGAUGGGUGCACUCCCUGCUUUAUCUGUCCUCGUUCUAGGCAUCGUAGUUCCAGGUCUGGCCGGAUAUAUCGAGGCGUUGGCGGCCAAUGCAGGCACAGGUUUUGCCGUGGCAGAGCCACAGGUGGCCAUCUUCUGCGGAAAGCUGAACAUGCACAUCAACAUCCAGACGGGACGCUGGGAGCCGGAUCCUUCCGGAACCAAGACCUGCGUGGAGACCAAAGAGGGCAUACUGCAGUACUGCCAGGAGAUGUACCCUGAACUGCAGAUCACAAACGUGGUUGAGGCCAACCAGCCAAUCAAGAUUGAGAACUGGUGUAAGAAGGAGAAGAAACAGUGCAAAGGUCACGCACACACCGUGGUCCCCUACAAAUGUCUGGUGGGUGAGUUUGUUAGUGACGUCCUGCUGGUUCCAGAGAAGUGCAAGUUUUUCCAUAAGGAACACAUGGACAUGUGUGUGAGCCAGCAGCAGUGGCAUGGAGUGGCCAAAGAGGCCUGCUCUAAGAGUGGGAUGGUUCUGCACAGCUACGGAAUGCUGCUGCCAUGUGGCAUCGACAAGUUCCAUGGCACCGAGUAUGUCUGUUGCCCAGCAACCCGUGCUGAGGAGCCAGUGCCUCCCGCAAUGCCCUCUCAGGAGGAGGAGGAGGAGGACGAGGAAGAGGACGAGGAAAUUGAGGAGCCUGAUCUCGAUGAAGAUGAGGCUGUAGAGGAGAGUGAGGCUCCCACCAGUGAGCAGCCCUCUGAGAAAGACAACACCGCGGAGGAAGAGGAAGAUGAAGAUGAUGAGAUUGAUGAGGAAGAGUAUCACUAUGUGUAUGAGGAUGAGGAGGAGGACAGAGACAGCGAAGAGAGCGAUGAUAAGAAAGAGAAGGCUGCCAUUCCAGAAAAGCAGGAUGAAGACAAGACCUUGGAAGAGGUGAAAGCCGUGUGUACUCUGGAGGCGGAGACUGGGCCGUGUCGUGCCUCCAUGCCCCGCUGGCACUUCGACAUGCGCCAGGGGAGAUGCCUGCGCUUCAUCUACGGAGGCUGCGCUGGCAACCGCAACAACUUUGACUCAGAGGAGUACUGCAUGGCCGUGUGCAAGCGUCUGAUCACGCCACCCACCCCACAGCCGACCGACGAUGUGGACGUGUACUUCGAGACUCCGGCCGACGAUAAGGAGCACAGUCGCUUCCAGAAGGCCAAGGAGCAGCUGGAGAUCAGGCACCGCAACCGCAUGGAGAGGGUGAGGAAAGAAUGGGAGGAGGCAGAACGUCAGGCUAAGAAUCUGCCCAAGGCGGAGAGACAGACUCUUAUACAGCACUUCCAGGCGAUGGUGGAGUCUCUGGAGGAGGAAGCGGCCAGUGAGAAGCAGCAGCUGGUGGAGACACACCUGGCCAGAGUGGAGGCCAUGCUUAACGAUCGCCGUCGCCUCGCCCUGGAGAACUACCUGGCCGCCCUUCAGGCCGACCCACCCCGGCCCCACCGUAUUCUGCAGGCUCUGAAGAGGUAUGUACGUGCUGAGAAUAAGGACCGGCAACACACCAUCCGUCACUACCAGCACGUCCUGGCUGUAGACCCUGAGAAAGCUGCCCAGAUGAAGUCUCAGGUGAUGACCCACCUGCGCGUGAUUGAGGAGAGGAUGAACCAGAGCUUGUCUCUUCUCUACAAGGUGCCUUACGUCGCUGAUGAGAUACAGGAUGAGAUUGAUGAGCUUCUCCAGGAGCAGAAAGCUGACAUGGACCAGUUUCUUUCUUCUAUCUCAGAGUCCCAGUCUGACGUCACUGUUUCAUCUGAGGAGAGCGUGGAGGUCCCAGCCUAUGAGGGCAAACCUUUCCGCCCAUUCCAGGUCACCUCCCUGGGUUCCCGCCCUGAACCCGAGGGCGAUCUCUCUGACUCCCCUCGCCCCUUCAAGAAAGGCUCUGCCAUGGAUGGUCUUGACGGUCUGAUUGGAGCCGAGGAGAGGGUCAUUAACAGCAAGGGCAAGAUCAGCGAUAACGUGGUGGUUGAUGAGUCUCUGGAUGUUAAGGAAGUUCUUUACAGUGCAGAGAAAGUCAGCUUCAGUCGCGGUGACGAUAAAGAGACCUUCAGGCCAUUGGGGGAGGAGUUUAGCUUCGGGAGCAGCGCUCUGAUUGGCUUGCUGGUGAUUGCUGUGGCCAUAGCGACAGUGAUUGUGAUCAGCCUGGUGCUGCUGAGGAAGAGGCAGUAUGGUACCAUCAGCCAUGGCAUUGUAGAGGUGGACCCCAUGCUUACCCCAGAGGAGCGUCACCUGAGUAAGAUGCAGAACCAUGGCUAUGAGAACCCCACCUACAAAUACCUGGAGCAGAUGCAGAUCUAGCCUGAGACAGCAGGGGGCGCAAGAGGGUUGGCCGGGGAGGGAGGGAACGUACUACUGACCAAUAAUAAAACUGCUCUCUUCAAAAUCAUUUCAUGCAUCAGAAAUGCAUAUUCCAGUUCAUAUGACAAAAAAAACACACGAUUGUUUGAUAAUGCUACUACUACUAGUACUACUACUAUUAUUGUACUCGAUUGUACAAUUUUGCGGAAUUUUGCGCUUUUUCUCUUUUCUUUUUAAAAUUUGAAUUCUAAUUCAAGAAAAAAAUUUAAUUCUGGAAAAUAUGAUUCUGCAAUUUUUCAGUACUUAUAGAUAAAUAUCUGAAGAUUGGAACAUAUUAUUAUAAAAUUUAUUAUUUUUUGGUUCUUUUGUUUUUCAAAUUGCAUUGCAUAUCAAGUAAAGGCUAAAGAAACACAUCUAAACUGAUAAAUAAUCUUUGCAAAGACACUAAGGUUUUCUGUGCCAUCAGUGCAGUGUCCAUGGACUAAGGGUUGACAGACAUAUUUUAUUUUUCUUUUCAAUAGAUUGCUUGUAUAUGAAGGUUAUUUGUACCAACUUAAAUGUAUAGUGAAACAAAAUGAGAAAAUAUGAUAACAGAAUCAUGAGUUCAUUUACUUUCUAUUCUUUGUUAUUAUUACAAACAAGAUCUAUAAAUAUAUAAAUAUAUCGUAGAUGUUUUACUUCCACCUAGACUUUGUUUUCCGGAGCUUAAAUGCUAGCUGGGACACUGGUUUUAAGCUUUGUUGUUUUAAUGGUUGUAUUUUUGUGGUCCAGACCUCUGCGGCUAUCACCAGAAUGCUACGUGGUUUGACAUAAUCGACACAAUCUUAUUGGUAAUCCCUGAUUGGCCAGAAUCUGACACGUCUGCAUGAGGAUAGCUUUGAUUGGUUUUGAAUGACAUCAGAUUGAUAUCUAUGGCUGUAUCUUUCGGGGAAUUUUGAUGAUAGUGGCACGCGUUUGGACCGCAGAAAUAGCAAUAGUACUUUGAUGGGUUGGAUGAUAUGAGAGCAGGAAAAGGAGGGCACAAAGCCAUAGGCCUCCAGUCUCUCACAUCAGACCACAACUUUAGUCACUCUAAUGAUUUUACCUAAUGAAUGUGAUUUUUACCCUGCCUCAUUACACGCUUUCCACAGAAAUGAAUUGUUACGACAACAGGAUGUCCAGGUAUAAAAAAACAAAACAAAACAAAAAACACAUCAGGAAUUACAUUAGUGUCAGCAUUCGUGUGGUUCAAGUAAAUUAAUGACUAGAUCAAAACAGACAAACAUGUUAAGGUUCCAACGAUAUUUUGCACAUCCAAACUUAACUACAUUUAAAUCAAAGAAUUAAAAAUGAAAAAGAAAAAAAAAAGCAAACAGACAAACAAACAAGCAAAAAAAACAAACAAACAAAAAACCCACAUAUGAAAGAGCACAGAUUCUGCCAUGUGUUUGACAUCACUGUGUGUAGUUUGGCCCUUUAGAGCGAAGGCACCAGGAUAAUGUCAUGGCUAGACUAUGCCCAAAUACAAAUUAAUGAGCUGGAGGCUAAGGCCAAGACUGAUGCUAAACCAACAGGUCUGAGAUGAACUGUAAUUUCUCUACAGGUGAAAAGAUGUGCUGAGAGUGUAACAAAUCAUCAAAUAAUCAUCUUUUUUUCUCGCUUUCUCUCUCUCUUAGUAAUGUCUUUGUAUGCCUGUAUAGUCAAUGUUGCAAUCAUGGCUUUUAUGGAAGACAACCUGUGGUGUGCAUUGUUCUUAUAUGAAAUGAUAUAUAUAUUUUUAAGUUUGUUCUUUCUCUUUUUUUUCUAUUUUUCCUCUUCCUGUGACAGUAUCUCUGUAUUUGACUGUCUCACUAUGCACCCAAAAUGGCUUCAGUCUUGAAUCUUGUAAUUGCCUGCUUGAUUGUGGGAAGUGCUGGAAGAGUGAGUGGUAAACUAAUAUAAGACUUUUAUAUUAGAGGUGAAAUACGAAUGACUCCAGUGGACAUGGAUUUUGUGGUUGCAGGGGGGAAACACAUCAAUAAACUCACUACUUCCA